AUGAUUGCAUUCGGUCGCUCGCGGCAUAUUCCCAACCUCAAACUGCUCGCCGCGCCUGCUCCGUGGCUGCCAUAUCUGCUUGCAAACCUGGCUGGGUUGUACGCAGGGGUGACUCUAGUGACGCUGCGUCGGCGAUGGCACAAGGAGAAGCAUUGGGACGAGCAUCCUGGCGAAUGGCCGCCAAUCCAGCGUCCGUUCUUCUACUUGGGAACCUAUCUCGGCGACCCGCCGCGCGAGUCGUAA